AUGCGUCAAGAGUACUGUAACCAUUCGAGUCUCGACAGCGGUAGAGACGGUCGGGUGUAUCAGGGUCAGACCGAGCUGGAGGACAGAGACGUCAUUCGGGCUGGGAUAGCUGGUUUACACUACACUUGUAUGUAUCAAGGCUUCUCGUCCACCGCCUACCCACCGAUUGCCCCGGGGGAUCUCCGGCCGGAUGCUCGGGCCCGCGGAUGA